CAAACGAGAAGGCCUGACAAACUCCACAACAUCAAGGCUAACAGGACUGUGAGAAAUCUGAACAUUUUUUAAUAAAUUAAUAUAACCAUGUGGCCCAAUCAAGGUCCUCAUCCUCCAAUGGACCAUCCAAACCCUGCCUUCCCUCCUAGUUACAACACUAUAUUUCCCUCAGUUCCUCCACCAGGAGUCUACCCCCAGGCUCCAAACCCUGGGUACCCUGCAGGCCAGUUUCCAGCCCCCAUGAACCCAGCCAUUGGGCCAAACGUACAGCCAGGGGUGAUGCCUUAUGGAGUUCCUGGACCUCAGGCUUAUCCUGUGGCUCCGGGUGGAUAUCCAGUGGUUCAUCCAGGUCCAUACCCACACUCUCCCAAAGGGGAUCACCACAUGGAUCACCACAAAGGUCACCACAAAGAUCAUCACAAAGGUCAUAACAAAGGUCAUCAUAAAGGGCUACAUCCCGUGGCUGGUGGUUUAGCUGGUGGUUUAGCUGGUGGUUUAGCUGGUGUUGGACUGGGGCUGGCUGGGCAACAAGCGCAUAAGAAAAUAAAGAAGAUGAAGAAGAAGAAGGGACACAAGUCUCACAAGCACGGACACUUCAAACAUGGCAAGUCCUCCAGCAGCAGCAGCAGCAGCAGCAGCAGCAGUGAUUCAGACUGAGGCCUUCAACUCAACGAUCAGCUUGCACCAAAUGCUACUUUCAAAAAGUGCAAUGCUCUAAUUAACUAAUCACUCAUAAAUGGCUCUUAUCAAGCAGAUUUACAUUAACGUUUAUAAUUUAUUUAUAGAUAACACACAAAAACAGAAUUUCAAUCUCUUUAUUUUUUGGGGGGUGGGUGUUAUAUUGUUUGAAUUAAAUGCUCUACAGUUGGGGUUUUGGUAAUUUUUGCAGAUAUCUUUUUUUUUAAAACAUGCACAUACUUGUGUACAAAUAUACACUAUUGUUUUUAUUUUAGAAAUAUUUAUUUGUAACAAUAAUAUAAAGCACUGAUUUUGUUUUCUGAGUAGAUUUGUCUAACGAGUGGA